AUUUUAUGGGUCCUCCCGCUAGAAGUUCUGCCACGAGUCCGUUUUCAACCUCCUCACUGUUUUUUUUUUACGGUUUCUUGAUAUUUUUAUAAGGUUCCCAGAUAUUGCUAUCAACGAGCACUUUUCUGAGUUGGGCUCUGAGGUUCUUACGAUCACUGUUCAACCAAGGAGGUGAUUUCCUCCUUUUGAGAACGAGGUUAAUAUGCAAAAUUAAGGUAAGAAGAUGUCGACGGUGUAGCCGGUGUUAAAGCGUGAAAGGAAGGACGAAAUCUCGAGAAUAAUGAAUGCGAGAUAUCGAGAAAUGUGAUUUGAUAAUUCUGUUUUAUUUCGACCAGUCCUGUGGGAAGCGAGGCAGCAUUGGUAUUAUAUUUUAAAUAAAACAAUAAUAUAUUCAUAUUGAGGAGUUUGGUAAGUGAAAUCUCCACUCGCCGUCUGGCGACUUUUGUCCACUCAAAAGAUGUAUCCGCAUAACAGACGUGCAUGUUAGGAGAGGUUGUUCUGUAUUUUCAAACCAAAAUUCAAUUUAUGUUAUUCUAUCUUGAGUAUGUUUUCUUUUUUUUUUGACUACCCUAAUGCAAGUACUUUAUAUACUCUUGUGCACAACUAUUUUUUUAUAAUUUCCUACUUGAUCGACUUUUCAUUUUACUAAAUGUCCUGUUCGAUGACCUUAUGGGCAGAAACAAUUAUUACUGAUUUUUUCUGAAAAUCAUGCUGUGAUGCAAAAAUCCAGUAAAAUUUGCCACGAUAGAGCGCAAUUUUGACAUUUCGUUACUGACUAAUUCUUACUGACAUAUCCCACCGAACAGAGCUGGAGUAAAAUCAAGAGACCAAAACAAAAAACAACUACAACGAAAAUGCAAGACAGCUGCUAAUCAGCGGCCUACAAUUACUAACAGCUGAUACUUUUAUCGUACUUUUUAUUCACUUUCCUUUGACAGACCAAUAAAGCUAGUUCUUGGGUGUGUUUUCGAUAAGGGCACAGUGAAAAAUAAAUGCAAAUUAGCAGAAAAUUUAUUGGAAAAUGAUAAAGAAAGUGCUUUAUAUAAUGUAAAGUGAAUAUUUAUGAUACCAAACUGUAUGAAAUUGAUGUACAUACAUAUGUAUUACAAAUGACAAAUGUUUCAACGCAGCGGAGCAAAUGCCUCAAUACGCUCAGCGAGCUACCAACAACUGCACUCUGCAACUAUAACAGAUUUCGAAAUGCCAGAAUCGAUAAGUUUAACUUCACAGGGAGCGAGGUCUACGUUAACCAAGAAGUUACUUUUAACUUUAUUUGUGCUGGUUCAAGUUUGCUUCAUCUCGUGCCUAUGGCUGAUGCAGCUGGGCGGAGGCCUUAAUACCAGCAUUAAUGAGGUAACAGUACAAAGUACCAAAAGAUUAGCAGGCAGUAAUAAUGUGAAGAAUAUGUCACUUAUUGGACGAUUGCAUGCGAUGAGGCGAGUUAAUUUCGUCAGAAAAUUGUCAACAUAUAAACCAACUGAAAAAUCGACCAGAAAAGAAUUUUCAACGCACGCAUUAUCGCCAGCUGUGAUCAAGAAUAGUCAAUCAUCAGGGAAUGUAAGCAAUUUUAAAAAAGACUUUUAUCUCAAACUAAACAGACUGAAUACAAGCAUAGAAUUUAGAAAUAGAAACGGGUUAGUGCCUGAGUUGGACAACGAUACAUUGUGGUGUUUUCGGGAAGGGAGCAUCGACGAAAAAUCUCAAUCAACAAAUGUUGAUGUCGAACAGGAUUUACCAAUAUCCUGGGAGGAAGAAAACAUGCAAUGUAAGUGCCGCGCAGGAUGGCAUGGACGCGAUUGUGGUCAGCCUGAGGUGAUGUGGCGCGCGUUGUUAACAAAAAAAUCACACUUUAAACUGCAGAAACCAAGUGAGACAAAAAAUCCAAAUAAAUUAGUUUAUUUACUCGAGGGAAACUUUUUUAAUUUGGAUUUGCUGGAUUUACAAAUAAGUACACUUGCAGACAUAGUAGACUAUUUUGUAAUAUAUAUAAGACCAGCACAAAAGGAUUUAAAACAGCUUAAACGCUCAGUAAAAGAAACUCUCAAGACGAACAACUACUUCAUUUUCCAUUGUGACCAGAAGUUUGCUUUGAAAAAUGAGAACUGCACAACCCACUAUGUGUAUAGCUAUUUUCGUCAGCAACUCAAAAAUAAGAAACUUCAUUUCACACCGCUAAAACCCACUGAUUUACUGCUUUACACUGACGAUCGUGUGCUGCCAUCACGACAGGCAUUGAAAUUUCUCAAGUAUUAUGCAACAGAUGUUAGCAUUACACCGUUUCGACUGAAAUAUGUCGUUUAUGGAUUUUAUUGGUUGCAUCCCAAGCAAACCUAUAUAAACGGUUUUAUAAGUUCCUUUGUCCAUAUGGACAACUCAAACCAAAGAGCCGACGAGAAUGCACCUGCCCAUUUCCAACAAUUAUUUGCAGGUGAAAGUGAGCGCUCAUCAGCUUUUGUCAUCGGCGAUCUUAACCAUUUUGGUGGCUGGUUUUGCCGAUAUUGCCAGCAACCGGAAGAUAUCAUCGCCGAAUUGCAUGCAGAAUCAAGUUCCUCAAAACAAGUGCAAUUCCCGGCAGCCGAACGCAACCACAAUAUUGAUGUGGCAUAUUUGCAAAAACUUAUUGCCAAUGGUAUCGAUGUGGAUGGGAAAACACAACUACUCCGUAAUCGUCGAUAUUCGGAUAUAUACUAUGCGCCGGCAAUAGCGGAAAAGGAAUCUUCGAAAUUUGGAAAUCUACUAGUUAAUUUAUAUGAAACAUUUGACGAUGACAUUGAAUAUGAAGCCGGAGAUUAUUAAUGUAAUUUAAAAUGACGGAUAUGCUUGCCUUGGCCGUUUAGGUAUUUAAAAUUAUAAAUAAUUUAAUUGGAUUAUGUUUUGGAAUAGAUGGAGUAGACGUACAUAUUCAUUAAAGAAAAUGUGUUUAAAAUAAUAAUUUAAAUGAAAAAAGAACUUUUACUUUGUGAAUUAGCCAAUUAGUUAAUUUUCAAUAAAAAUCGAAUAAUUUUGUGAACAAUGAAUCGAAUUUUGUACGUUUAAAAGUACAUAAGCAAAGUAAUUACAAAUUGUGCCUAAAACCAUUUAAAUUAUAAUUUAUUUAAAUAUUCUCAUGUUAUUAUUGUUUGCUAGUAAAGAUAUAAAAUAGAAAUAAGACAUAAUUAAUACUUUUGAAAAAUCUAAAUAAAUGUGCGAAUUAUGAUAUAAGCAUUCAUUAAGAUGUAAUGUGUUUUAAAUAAGAAUUACUCGUUAAGAUACUUAUAUUCCCAAAUCUGGAUACAAUUUCGAAGACAAACAAAAACAAAUAAAUCUUAUUCGAUUAUUUACAUUCAAUAUAUAAAUAUGUAUUUACGUGAAUACUCUCUUCCGACUUUCGCAUCAAAAAUACGUGAAAAUUGUAUUUGUAAAUUAAUUUGCCUUUUAUAUCGAAAUUAUUUUACAGGAACAACUACAACAUGACAUAUCAACAAAGAUAUUAUUUAUAAAAUAUGGAAAUAUUUAAAAUAACGUAUUAAUUGUAAUAUAUGUAUA